CUUUAGAUGGAUUACGCUGUCUUCAUUAGCCAUUUCACAGACUGGGAACAGAAAGCAGCCCGCUGUUUCCUGAUCGCAUUAACAGUGUCACACUACAGGAUUUCACACAAAGGAUACUUUUACUGGAUUAUCAGUCAGCUAUAAUCAGCGACCUGACUGCGGGACCAUCAGGACAACUCACACUCAUAUUCAGAAAUAAAAGUAGACUCUAAGAAGUCUCAUCCACCGGGUCCACAUGAGUGAGCAACGAAGCAGCCGUGAACAGACCAGCGCCUGCGUUUUUGGUUAAAACAAGAUGUCAUCUGCGGCUGAUAAAGGAGGUGGAGGAACAGGCAACAACAGCAGAGAAAAAAUCUAUAAAAAGACAACUUCAUCGACUCUGAAAGGAGCCAUUCAGUUGGGCAUUGGUCAUGCUGUUGGUAAACUGUCCUCAAAACCUGACCGAGAUGUUCUCAUGCAGGACUUCUAUGUGGUGGAGACUGUGCUCUUUCCUGGUGAGGGGAGCAACCUGACUCCGGCGCACCACUAUGCUGACUUCCGUUUCAAAACCUAUGCUCCACUGGCGUUCCGUUACUUCAGAGAGCUGUUUGGAAUCAAGCCAGAUGACUACCUGUACUCAAUUUGUAAGGAGCCUCUGAUCGAGCUGUCCAACCCUGGUGCCAGUAGUUCACUCUUCUACCUAACCAGUGAUGACGAGUUCAUCAUUAAAACAGUGCAGCACAAAGAAGCUGAGUUCCUGCAGAAACUGCUGCCAGGCUACUACAUGAACCUCAACCAAAACCCCAGGACGCUUCUACCAAAGUUCUACGGCCUGUACUGUGUGCAGUCAGGGGGAAUGAACAUCCGUGUGGUAGUUAUGAACAACGUCCUGCCCCGCUCCUUAAAAAUGCACUACAAAUAUGACCUCAAGGGCUCCACAUACAAGCGGCGUGCCUCUCGGAAAGAACGGGAAAAAUCCUGCCCCACAUACAAAGACCUGGACUUUCAGGACAUGCAUGAAGGCCUGUACUUUGACACAGAGACUUAUAACGCCCUGAUGAAGACCCUGCAACGUGACUGUCGGGUGCUAGAGAGCUUUAAGAUUAUGGACUACAGUUUGCUACUCGGGAUACACGUGCUGCAACAGAACCACAGAGACGCAGACGGAAAUGGGGGAGAUAGCAGGCGUCCCGGAGGCCAGAGGGUCCUCUACUCCACAGCAAUGGAGUCUAUCCAGGGGGGCAACAAGACAGUAGAGGCAAUAACCACAGAUAACACAAUGGGAGGCAUCCCAGCUCGAACCAACAGAGGAGAGAAGUUGCUCAUUUUUCUGGGCAUAAUUGACAUCCUGCAGUCAUACAGGUUCAUCAAGAAGCUGGAACACUCGUGGAAAGCACUUGUCUAUGAUGGUGACACAGUGUCCGUCCACAGGCCCAGCUUCUACGCCAACAGAUUUCUCAAGUUUAUGAGUACCAGAGUUUUCCGGAAGCUUCAUUCAAGCCGCUACUCUCCAACUAAGAGGGGGCGAAACUCUAUAGUGGCUCUUAAGUCCUCUUCUCAGGAGCUGCUGUCUCCAAGAAAGGAAGAGAAAGUGGACGAGAGGGCAGAGAGGCUCGCCGGAGCUCGGAGUCUGGCCAGUCUGGAUGGACAAGCAAUGCUGGGAAAUUAUCGGCGUCCUGACCUGGUAUCUGUCGUGCCUUACUAUGCUGCAGCUUCCUCAAUGUACGUCAGUGAUAGAUACCUAGAGGCCAGAUCAAACUACAGAUAUCCUUAUGGAGCCCACUCCACAUUCACACUGGAGGACAGCGCCAUCUGUCUGAAUUCAGAGCAAAGUACCAUGUACAAUGACCAGGAUGAUGGAUCAGUGCUGGAUGUUUACUUUUAAAAUGAUAUCUUGUGCGGUCAUCUUAUGGCAGCAGAAAGAAAAGUCUUCCUCAUUGCUCUUCAUCAUCUGCACCGAAACACUUUUAUCCAGGCCCACCAGGAUUUGCUGAAUGGAUUCCUGUUGAUGAAACACUGCAGAUUGCUGCUACCACGCAGGCCACAAGAGUGGAAACCAAAUAUUUCAAUUUCACUAUGAUAGUAGCAGUAGGAAACACUGAGAACUCUGUUUUAUUGUUGCUGAAAAGUAAAUAGGACUGAUUUCACAACCAGGGGCCAAAACAUCUACAAUCUUCACUGUGUGCUAUUCAUUGUAGAAAAAUUGCUUUGUACAGGUCGAAGACUGCUUUGUCUAGAUCAGGUCUACACAUUUGCUGUUCUUGCACAUUACAAUACACACAAAUAACUUCAGAUCAGGCAUGACUGUACAGAAAACGCUAAAUCAUGCAAGUGCCAUGUAGAGUCACUUUAUAUGAUUUUAUGAAAUGUUAUACAUGACUUAGAAGCCUAAAAUCAACAUACGGUGAUGUAAAGUAGGAUAUCACUCAGUAGUUGAAUUAUUUACUGAAUGUCCAAGUUUUCAUUACUAUUUCAAAGUACUGAAUAAAAUGACUUUCAAAGACACAAGCGAGUUGUGUUUCAAAGACAAAAAUGUGUGAAAUAUUAUAAACCACAAAAAUCACUUAUGCUAGAUGUCCUUCGUGCCAUUUAUUUAUGCAGUAUGGGAGUGUUUGGUGAUGUGUUUAAUACUGAUCGCAGAACAUAUGCAUAGCUGGACAUGAGCUGAUCUCCAAUUGUACAUGUAAACAAGUGUGUUUGUAUAGAGGUUUUAAUAUGAACGAUUUUUGCUCCAGUGUGGAUACACAGAGGAUAUUUUGUGUAGGGUGGGGAAUGUUUCAUAUCUGUGAACCUGUUCUAUUAGGAAUCUUAUUUCAUAUUGAAGCAUCCUGUUACAUGCUUAUUAUUAUAUGACAGUGUGCGUGCUUCUGUUUUACACAAAGUUUAUAGUGAUCCAUAUUUAAGAAUGUCCUCGAAUAUCAUUAUUGCACAUUUGUAGAGCAUAAUUUAUGA